CAAUGCUUGUGAACUUUCUGUUCAGAGGAGAGAUUUUUUUCAAUAGGCACAAAAUCCCACCCCCUCAGCAGCCCUCCUUCCCCUGUGUCUGACACUGACUUCAAGGGAGGAGUUGAGCCAAUUAUCUGUGAGUCCUACAGAAGGAAAUUCUGCAAUUUGCCAGUAGUUGUGAGAGCCAGAGAGAGAAAGGCAGGGAGGGAAGAAGACAGACAUAAUUGGCAAAUGUAAAGAAAAUCCCCUUCUGUCCUAGGAAGCAAAUAUUUUAAAGCAAAUCUCAGACCAUAAGAAAAGAAGCUCAUGACGGGGGAGUGCCAGGCAAGAUCUGGGGAACUGUAGGUUUGCCAAAGACAACUUUCAUGCCCCCGUUCAAAUUUUUCCAUCGGGUCUGAGGCAGCAUAGAGGCAGGGUGGGUCAGCUGUAUGCACCCAUGAUCCUGCACGACUAGGUGUUGCUCCAGAAACGCCUUUCCCCCAGCAGAGCCAACGAAGUGCAACUUGCAAGAAAAGCCAGUGGGAGUAGGAGAGACUCUGCCUCUCUUUCUUUUGAAUUGAGGUUGUGAGGAAAAGAGCUCACUCAGCCAAAAAGAGAAGCUGUCACUGGUCCUGAGACCCUUCCUUAGCCCAUGUCCUUCACCUGAUCCUGUACUUACAUCCAUGGGGGAACACCCUCUGGAGACCUGCAGUCCUUCCCAAUCCUGCUUAGUUCCCGGGAAAUAUUGGUAAAGAACUAAGCCCAGAGCAAGCAGCGUGUGAUCCACAGAACAACAGCCUUUUACAGCAGCAGCUGCCUCUGAUUAAAAUUACCAGCUUCAUCAGACUGCACCAAGACCCAGGACUGCUCCUCCAAGGGAAGAGAGGACUGAGCAAUGAUGAAGACCAUGUCUGGUGGAAACUGCACUCUGAAUGUGCCAGCCAAGAACUCGUACCGCAUGGUAGUGCUGGGAGCCUCCAAGGUGGGGAAAAGUUCCAUCGUUUCACGCUUUCUUAACGGCCGUUUUGAGGACCAGUACACUCCCACAAUUGAGGAUUUUCAUCGUAAGGUCUACAACAUCCGGGGAGACAUGUAUCAGCUGGACAUCCUGGACACCUCUGGGAAUCAUCCUUUCCCUGCUAUGAGGAGGCUUUCCAUUCUGACGGGGGAUGUUUUCGUCCUGGUAUUCAGCUUGGACAACCGAGAAUCCUUUGAUGAGGUCAAGAGGCUCCAGAAACAGAUCCUUGAGGUCAAAUCCUGCCUGAAGAACAAGACCAAGGAAUCAGCUGACCUACCCAUGGUGAUCUGCGGCAACAAAAAUGACCACAGUGAAAUAUCCCGCAAGGUACGCUCAGAUGAAGGUGAGAACCUUGUCUCCAGUGAUGAAAAUUGUGCUUACUUCGAAGUUUCAGCCAAGAAGAACACCAAUGUGGAUGAGAUGUUCUAUGUCCUCUUCAGCAUGGCCAAGCUACCUCAUGAGAUGAGCCCCGCUCUCCACAGGAAAAUCUCCAUCCAGUAUGGUGACACCUUCCAACAGAAAACCUUCCGGAUGCGCCGAGUCAAGGACAUGGAUGCCUAUGGCAUGAUCUCUCCCUUUGCUCGUCGGCCAAGUGUCAACAGUGACCUGAAGUAUAUCAAAUCAAAAGUUCUCAGGGAAGGUCAGUCAAGGGAGAGGGAGAAAUGCACCAUCCAGUGAAGGGGGCUUGCACUUCUGUCUGAAGUUAUCAUCCACAUGCAGUGCCUUAAAGAGACAUGGUCUGUGAAAGCACAGAAUGGGCUCAUGGGGUUCCUUGAGUAAAUCCAACAUGGAGAGAGGAUAACUCUUCCUGCAGAUUCUGCUAAGUCACAAAUGUAAAUAACAUCGACCUUGUAAACAACUGUGAAAAAUCAUAUGCCUGAGAUGAGUGUAAUUCUCUGUCUUUGUAAUGUAGUUCUUCUUCUUUCCCUUUCUGAGUAAAGCAUACAGACCUGGUAUACAGUAAAAGAAAUUUCAACCUCAUCCUUACAAAGGCAGUAGAUAAAAAAUGCACAGAAGGCAUUAACAGUUACCCAACAUUCAGCUUCUGCUAAGGGAGAGAAGGUUAUGUUUGUACAUGUUGUAUCUUUGUCUCUCUGUGUAUGUGUGCAUGCAAGGGUUGAACAUUCCUUUAAAAAUGGGACUUGGAUUUCAAAGGGCAGCAGACUUACUGAGAUUUCCCAGAUUGGGAGUGGACUCUAUAUAUGACUACAUGACUCACUUCUGAGAGGAUCUACAUUAAGAUCUUGAUUUUAUAUUUGCUGGGACAGUUAACAUUUGGCAUUGACAUGAAUGUUGUUUUGUAUCAUAGAUUUUAUUUGGGAUUUGGUUUUUUUAUUGUCUGGGGUGAGUUCUUAGCAAAAUCAGAUGGCAAGUGUGUUUGAUAUCAAAACAGCGUCUACUUUCAAGUAGUGAAAGGUGUUUUUCAUCUGUAAAACUGUGUAAUAUGUACAUUGAUUGAAAGUGAAAUUGUUCUGCAAAAAAACCCCAAUACAUCUGACUGCUUUGCAAGCCUGUGUGAUAUUGUUCCUCAAAGCAGCCACAACAACUCUGAAUACCACAGUACAAAUGCCAUCCUUUGCCUUGUUGACCACCGGAGCGAUGGUUUCUUCCUUUGUCUCCUGUCAACCAAGACUGAUCUGAUUUAUAUGUUUGCUUAGAUCCCUUCAGAGGCAGGAUUGGAAUUUCCUUCAAAACCAAGAACUGAAUGACUGUAGGGCCAGCUUCAUCACAAUUCCUUUGUUAACAUGCCUCUAGUCAUUUCGCUCAUGGUUUUCCUUGUUAUCUGAAAAAGGUUUCCUUGAUAGAAACCUUUGUACUGCUGUCCUUCAGAACAGAGACUUUAUACUAGUGUCCAAACAGGGCUGGUCAGAUUAAUCUGGAGGUGACAUUAACUUCUUCCCUUUCUCAGCCCAGUCCAGCCUUCCUUGUUGUCGGCUUUGUCCCUGUUGUUCUUCUGGCUUUGCUGUUCCUUGUGCUCCUGUGUGUCCUCGAAGCCAUAUCUAAUCUCUCAAAUGUGCACUCUCCACUCUUGCUGACUAGAUGGACAUGUGUUCAUGCAUAACUGUGGCCAAAGCAUCGUCCCAAGACUGUACACAACAGUAGAGUGUAUAUGCUAUACAUACCUCAGAACGAUCUCCAGACACAUUGCCCUCCUUCACCCUCAAAUUAUGUUCUUGAUUGUACCUACCAGAUGUGAGCUGGUUCAUCCUAUACUUUGAUAGGAAACCAAGAAUGAUUGUUGUCUGCAAAAACUAACUGCUGGGACUAAAAUCCCAUAUUCAUUUAUCAGCUCUACCCUUUACUGGUACUGUUUAUUGACUGGUAAAAUACACUGUUCUUUUAUUCAUGCUGCCAGGGCAGCACCUUUCAGACCACAUCCCCUUCCCUACCUAUAAAUAUGAAUAUAGUUUAUGAUUAAACCCAUUUUAUUUAUUUCCUGUGUCCUCAUUCUUUCUCAAAUUUUCUUUCUCAAAGAAUAAUGAAGAAGGUCCUAUUUUUGUGCUGUGCAAGGCAAGUGAGGUAUGAGACCCCUAAUAAGAUCUUCAGUAUGUUCUGGAAGAGACUUUUUUUUAUCCUCCAGACACCAGGGGCUACACAUUUGUCUGUUUGAACAAAACUGUGUCUAUAUCUACAUGUAUCUAUCUAUUUGAACAUUAACUUAUAUAUGCAGCUACCUUCACAAGCAAAAGCAGACAGUUACUCUUCCCCGUGCUGCCCCCAACACAAGAGACUAACUCUCUCCUUUAUGUGCAAAGUUGACACGCUCAUCCCUGGUGCUCUUUCAUGUGGUCUCUGCAGAGACAUCACUUGUUCUCAGCAGUCUCUUCAUUUUACCAUCUGCACAUCUCUACUGUAUUAGUCUUAGUUCCCCUGAGCACAUGCCCACCUCCCUACAGACUCUUCACCCAAGUGCAGGACUACAGAAUAUCCCAGUGAUCAGCCUCUGGGACUCACAUGCCAGAGUGACAUGGUAGAGUUGGAGAUGGAGUGAGAAAGUUGUGAGCACUUUCUAAUGGUUGGAUUAAGGGUCUCCAGAAAGCUAGAGAAGAACUCCUCACACUAUAAACCCUGUGCUGCCUUACUGAGCCUAUACUUGCUCUCCCUGGUCUGCUGGAUAAAGCUGUAUUUUUAAAGAGCCUUCAUAACUACCAAGUUUCUGCCUUUGUCUUACAACACCUUGCAGUUAUUUUCCCUAUUUCCUUCCAUCUCCACAGAGACACCAGCUUUUCUCACCCUUUCAUGUCCUCCCAUUCCUGCCUUUUCUAACAUGGAUAUGAUGCCACAGGGCAUGGAAAACAUUGCAGUGACAGCAUGUCUACAAGAGUAGGGAAGGAAGAAAACCAAGGAGCAGGUGCUCAGAGGGAUAUAUUGGAUCUCUCAGGAAGGCCAGUGAGCCCCAGCUUCACAGUCCAGCUUGGUCUGCUAAAGUUCAGGGUAAGAAUCAUCUGAGACACUGGAUAGGAGUGAAGCUGAAG